AUGCACGCUCUCUUUCGAGCAAUUAUCCUCACCCUGCUUUUCAGCUUUCAACGGUUAGUAAUUACCCAUGCUACACCCAUACCUGACGCCAUUCCUCCCGGCGCUGUUCCGGCUACUCCACAAGACGCCGACCGACCCGAGGAAAAACCCAAUCGAAAUUGGAAGAUUUCGAGCUACGUGGCUGGUAACCCAAAUCCAGCUCCCAAACUCGUUUAUCGCGUGGACUAUCGUGAUCCAGACCACGUUUUCACACAUGGAAUGACAACUCGGGAGAAGAGCCCUACUCCGCACGGGUACGAUCUUUCUCGACAUGUUUUCGGUAGUGAUAGCAACCUAAAAGAUACAAACUACAUCUCAACAACAAAAUCUCCAACUGUUGCAGAGAAGUUCGGAAAGCAACCUGGACUUCCUAGUAAAUUCUGGAGCUUAGGUGCAGAGGAGGCCUAUGCUUUGGCCCAGCACAAUAUUCAGAAAGGAGUGAAACCAGGCCAACCACUCCUUCUCCCUCCCGUUGACAAACUCCCAGCUCAUCCUCCCAUUAAAGAUAUGUGGGUCUACGUCAUUCAGCCAGAUAAGUCUUACAUCAAUGUUUUUCAAACUCUCGGACCGGACGGGUAUCCCACACCCGACUUUAUAGGCCAGCAGGAAUUUGCUGUAAUUCGAGGAAAGAUUGAAGCGGAACGAAUAAUCGGAGCUUAUCAAGUGAAUGAUGCCAAGAGAAUGAUCCGUUUCAACCCUGCAUUUAACCCUACAUUCCGUGGACAGAGAGCUGGAGUUGGACACCCGGAGGUUGCACAUGAUAGUAACGCACAAGCGGCAGCGAAAAUUAUUGCAGACGCGGAUGCGGAAAACGAGAGCUUCCGAACAGAGGCCAGCAAGAGUCCGAAGCCAAAACCACAAUGGCGGUCCAUGCCCUUAUCCCAGUUUAUCCCAGAGUACAAUUCGCCCCUGCUACCAAACCACAAGGCGGAUACGAGCAAGACUCCGAAGAAUCGGCCGUGCAAAAGAGGUCUGGAAUGCGAUUUUCAAGAUGACAAUCCGGACAAGCUGAUUGCCGGGAACAAGAACGAGGCGGCUGGAGAAAACAGGCGCGUCAGCCUCAAAACCGGACUCACCAAGUCUGCUGCUGCUGAACAUCUUGGUGGUGUCUCCAUGGCACUUGUGUCGAUGGCUCUUACCUGUAGGGCACAUGAAAGCUCGACGGUUGAGCAACAGCCGCCGCCCCAGGGCUUCUUCCAGUCCUUUUUGCGGGGUUUAACAAAAGGCAAUCUUUCUCAAGUUCCGGGUUUACUUUGGGGCAGUGCGAAGAAACUGGGCAGCCAGGAAAACGUGGACGCUUUUGCGAAGUCUUCUGGCGAUCUUGUGCAAGGUUUUACCGAAAUUCCGAAUGCGGUGAAAAGCAGGGCGAGUGAGGUUACAAGCGCGGAGAAUUUCGAAGCCUUUGCGGAGUCGGCUGACGACCUUGUUAACGCGUUAAGUGAAGUUCCCGAGGCGGUGGCAAACGGUACACAAGACGUUGCAAAGGCGGAAAAUUUCCACGCUUUUGGGAAGUCUCUUACCGACUUCGCAAAAGCGGUAGGCGAGAUUCCGGCCGCCGCCAAAAGCGGUUUCGACGACCUCACCGAAGCGCCAAGCGAGAUCGCGACGACAUUUCAGAAGGCGCCUUCACAGCUGGCAAAAGCUACUACAGAUUUCAUGAAGGAGUAUGAUCAAUGUUUACCUCCUGGUUCCAACGGAAGAAAAAUUGUCGAUUCCAUGUUCGCAAGUCUGCCGGGUGAACUAUGGAUAUUCCAACCAGGUCUCAGGCCGGUGCAAGCUGCUACCUACCACUAUGAGUUUCCGUUACCUGGGCAAACUUCCAAACGAGAAGGCUGGAUCAACCAGGCUCAACACUAA